AAAUUAUUUGAUUCGCUGUUAGUCUCUCUGCCAGAAACCCUAGUUCUCCUCCAUUCUUAUAGUCUCCACCUCCAUAACCAUAAACACCGCAAAACCAGAGAGAGAGGGAGAGGGCAAAAAUGGUGUCAGGAUCAGGGAUCUGCGCGAAGAGGGUCGUGGUGGACGCAAGGCACCACAUGCUCGGUCGGCUGGCGUCGAUCGUGGCGAAGGAGCUUUUGAAUGGUCAGAAAGUGGUCGUGGUUCGAUGCGAGGAGCUCUGCAUUUCGGGAGGUCUCGUGAGGCAGAAGAUGAAGUACUUGAGGUUUCUCCGUAAGCGAAUGAACACCAAGCCUUCCCAUGGUCCCAUUCACUUCCGUGCUCCCGCUAAGAUCUUCUGGCGUACCGUUCGUGGAAUGAUCCCACACAAGACUAAGCGUGGCGCAGCUGCACUCGAGAGAUUGAAGGCCUAUGAGGGCGUUCCCGCGCCAUAUGAUAAGACCAAGAGGAUGGUUAUCCCUGAUGCUCUCAAGGUGUUGAGGCUGCAAAAGGGCCACAAAUACUGCUUGUUGGGUAGGUUAUCAUCAGAGGUUGGAUGGAACCAUUAUGACACCAUCAGGGAACUUGAAAAGAAGAGGAAGGAGAAGGCUCAGCUGUCGUACGAGAGGAAGAAGCAGCUGAACAAACUUAGGUUGAAAGCUGAGAGUGCUGCGGAUGAGAAAUUAGGUUCCCAACUAGACAUUAUUUCUGCUGUCAAGUACUGAAUAUUUACCAAAAACUAGUUAGGUACCUCCAAUUUUGUUAAGGUUUUGUCUUUGUGUUUUAUCCAAUGAUUUCAUAUUUCUAAUAUUUUUUAAAAUGAACGGCCACCUUGUUAUCUUUUGUGUCUGACUAAAACCCACUUCCAUUUA